GGGGAGACUCGGGAUGAGUUGUGACAUCCUGACUCACACUUCCCGAACUCCGCGCACUCGGGACUAAAACUCUCCGGGAAUAUUACAUCGAUUUACGCGUCGUUUUAGACUUUUGUUGGACUUGUUCCGCCGUUUCCCUCCGCCUGGUUCUUCUUUAUUUAUAUGCGCAGAGUCAAAAUCCGGUGGAUGGCUGCAGCGUGACCCCUCUCCAGCAGGUCACAGGUCAGAGGUCACAAAGAUGGCGUCGCCCAUGCGGAGCAGGUCUCUGGGCGUGGCUCCAGCUCUGGAGGUGAAAUUGGGGGCUCUGGCUCUGCUCUUCUCCCUCACUCUGAUCUUUGGCAUCAGCCCCAUGUGCCUCGUCCGCUGCACCCACAACCCAGACCUCCGGCGUCGUGUGCUCAGUCUCACCAGUUGUUUCGCUGGAGGAGUGUUCUUUGCCACGUGUCUCCUUGACCUCCUCCCAGACUAUCUGCAGGGCAUCAACCAGGCCUUCAACAACGCUGGCAUCACUUUGCAGUUCCCGCUCCCUGAGUUCAUUAUGGCCAUGGGGUUCUUCUUGGUGCUGGUUUUGGAACAGAUCCUUUUGUCCUUCAAACCCUCCUCCUUCUCAAACCCUUCCUCUUCAGUUCACGACGAGAGUCGUCACCUUCUGGACUCAAACCACAUACAAACGUCUGACGCCGCCCCUCAGCACAGAUCCAGCCAAUUAGAUGACUCUCACCACCAUCACCUGCAUGUUGACUUCUCAUCGCAGUCUGCCCUACGUGCCUUUAUCCUGGUCUUCUCCCUGUCUCUGCACUCAGUGUUUGAGGGUCUUGCGGUGGGUUUGGUGGAGGAGGAGAAGGAGGUGUUGGAGCUGUGUCUGGCCCUGGUCAUUCACAAAAGCAUCAUUGCGAUCAGUCUGUGCUUUCGGUUGAUUCAGGGCAGGAUCCGGCGUUCUGUGGCCGCUGGCUGCCUGAUGGUUUUCGCCUCCAUGACCCCUCUGGGCAUCGCCAUUGGGGUGGGGCUAACGGAGGAGACCAAGAGUUCACCCAAGCAGCAGAUCGUGAGGAGCUCUCUGGAGGGCUUAGCAGCCGGGACCUUCAUCUAUAUCACCUUUAUGGAGAUUCUACCCCAUGAGCUCCAAGGGCCGCCUCGGAGUAACAUGCCCAAAGUCUGCAUGCUCCUGCUGGGCUUCGCUCUUGUCACGGCUGUGCUCUUCAUCAAACUCUGAAGAGGGUCUGGAGGACUAAAGGGGAGAAUUAGGGAGGAGAAAGGGCGGUGUCUGGAGGACUAAAGGGGAGAGUGAAGGGGAAGGAGGGGCGGAGACUGGAGGACUAAAGGAGAGAAUGAGGGAAGAGGAGAGGAACAGUGUGAUUGGUCUAACGUGUAUCCACAUUUCAAACUUCGCCUGUGCAAUCAGAUGCUUGUAAUCAGAAACACCUGGCUGUAAUCAGGGUCAGUCCUGUGUAAUGUCUCCAAUUAUUUAAAAUUGCAGAGGUCACUGGAUCCAAGGCACACAAAUUUUUAUACAUUUUUUUUACUUUGCACUAAAAUGACCAAAAGCUCUAGGAAGUAUAGACAACGCUAUUAGUUUAGCUUAGUUUUUUGUCACAAUUUAAAAUUAUUAAGUCAGUUUUACAAUGGGUACUUUUUACUUUUACUUCACUACAUCUGGGAGCAGGUAUCUGUACUUUUUACUUCACUACAUCUGGAAGCAAGUAUCUGUACUUUUUACUUUUACUUCACUAUAUCUGAGAGCAGGUAUCUGUACUUUUACUUCACUACAUUUGCAAGCAGUAUUUGUACUUUCUACUCCACUACAUUUUUGAACAAGACUGUAAAGUAAAAAGUAUGUUUUAAUGAGAGCUGCUGAAAAGGCUGAGGGAGAACAUUAGAACAUGAGAACAUUAUAUUGUAUGUAUAUAUUACAUUAGAGAUUUGGCCUGUAACAUGUAGCAAAGCAUGAAUAUGCAAGGCUCAUUGUACAAAUUGUUUUCCAAAUGCAAGUCAAUUCAUAAUUAAUUAAUUAAUUUCAGUUAAAUAAACACAGCAGAAAAAACUUUGAACAACUUUGAACAAGGUUUACCCUUACCUAUUUUAAUAUAAUAUGGUCAUGUUUGGCGUGCUGGAUUAAUAAGCCCAAAAGGCCGUGUUUCGCCCCCGGGUUGUAGUUUGCCCAUGUCUGAUCUGUACUUUCAUUUAAGUAACAAAAUUGAGUACUUCUUCCACCACUUGGAAUCAUGGGCGGAUCAAUACCAAAAUAUUGAUACUUAAGUACUCACAAUGUAUCGAAGCAUCAGUUAUCAUCAUAUAUUAUGUUCAUAUUUUUAUCUAUAUAUUUCUUUUUUUUUAGAGCUGUUCAAACUGAGGUGGAAGAAAAAUCCUUUACAGUGGUCCGCUGUUAUAUCGCAGUUCAACUUUCACAGUCUCACUGAUCUUUUUUGUGCAAUUUUGCAUGUUUUUUUUUUUUUACAGCGUAUGAACGUGCAUUGUGUUCUGCAUCCUGAUUGGCUAAGGGACUUGCCGUGUCUCCUGUACAGUACAGAAUGUGUUCAGUCAAACUUACAUCACACUUCAGAGCCACAGUGUGACUCUGAAGUGCUGUAUGCUUGCACAUUUUCUCCCCAACAAAACCCACAAUGUCGAUGAAACGUUCUGCACUGACAUAUCUCAGAAACGCUUUGGACUUAAGUGUUUCUCUGCACGGAGAGAUGCCUCUGUGGGUAACACUGGAGCAGAAGCACGUGAACAACAAGCGAUCAUCGAGGAAGAGGGAUAUAAUAUAUGAAGGUUUAAACUUUGAGAGUGUUUAAACAAGAGACAAUUGUGAGGAAAUGCUAAUGCCUGUUUAAGAAAAGUGUAUAAAGUGAGGGUUUUUACAGCCUUUAAACAUAUAACUAUAACUGUAAAAAAUAAAGCUGACGCAGAUUUCGCCUAUUGCAGGCUAUUUUUAAAACGUAACCCCCGCGAUAAACCAGGGGGUUAUGUCAAAGUCAAAUGAAUAAUACAUGGUUUUCAUUACAUUUUAAAACAACUUAUUAGUAUCAGUAUUGGAUCAGUAUUGUGAUGAUUCUUGCUACUGUACUUCUUGAUGUCGGCUUGACAAAAAACCCCAUUAUCAUCACUGAUAAUGGGCUAUCACGCUGUUCAGGGAAGCUUUUGUCAUGUUUUUUUUCAGUGCUAAUACUUGAACAAAUGUAUUUAAUAUUGUACUAGUUUUAAUAUUGAUUAGUUUCGGGGUAUCAAUACUUUCACAACCUUAAAAAUGAAUUGUGAUAAAAAAUGAUUAAACUGAUUAAAAUUUGCCUAAUUUGUGACAAACAUAUUUUGCGUGUAGUUUUCAUUUCUGUUUAAGCUUAAUUAAACUUGACCCCAAAGAUUUUUCAGAUCUGCAGCUCA